ACGUAUACUUCACCGUUGUAUCUCCACAGGACAACAACAGCUCGAGUUAAACGCACAAAUACAUACAACAGCACAUUAUAAUAUUAUUAUAUUAUUAUCAUCUGAUUUGUCGUUGACUUUUCCAGCCGUCGUUGUACAUUCGCGUUCCGCAAACGUUUUCGAUUCAUCGCAAAGAAGUUUAUAUAUUUUAUACAUAACUUACCUAUCAGUCGCAGCUACAGUGUCUACAGCGCAUUUGCUGGAUCCAUCGAAGCAGUCUUCAGACAACUCUAGUACUAUAUAUAUCGUAUAUAUUCACCAAUUCACCAUGAUCGGAGUACUCGCAAUCGUUUUCGCGGUCCAAGCCACGGCGGUGCUAGCCGGCGGCGCCCGGUACCCGUCCGGACUGAACCCGGCCCUGUGUCCCAAUUACCCACACUGCGACAACGUGCUGUUGGCCGCGUACGCCCAACCUGCGGCCGGCAACGAUUACAACGAUCAUUACACCAACAACAACAACAACGCCGGCCAGUAUUACGGUUCCGGUUACCAGCACCACCCGUCCGAGGCGUCCAACUACCACAACAACCAGCCGCUGGUCCCGGCGCCGUACACCGAGCCCGGUUACCCCGCCGGCCUCUCGUCGUCCAACUGCCCUAACUACCCGUACUGCUCACACCAGGUACCGGCCGAGGCGCUCAGGUACGCGCACAAGAGGUACCCGUCCGGCGUCAGCCCGCAGAACUGCCCCAACUACCCAUACUGUCACUGAUGGUCCAUCGCGCGUAUAAUAAUUAGUAAUAACACUAUUAAGACAAGCGCGAUGUAUGCAAAUUAUGUAUAAUAUUAUUAUUAUAAUAUAGUGAUGAUGACGCGCACACUGCAAGCACCAAGUUCAUAUUAAUUAUGCAUACGCAGUGGAUUCUUAUUAUGUCGAACGUCAUAAUAAGAAUAAUUAUUUUCGUAAUGUCGAACUCAAUUGAAAUCCCCUUGAAAUAAUUACCAUUCCAAUAAAACUCGAUAUCUCCAACUUUUAUCUGAGGACGACUGAGGUGUCCCUCGAAUUUCAAUAUACCGAUAGUUUACUGUAUAAUAUAAAAUAUAUAGGUACAUUAUAAUACUUUGUUAUAAAUAAUAAUACUAUUUGGGUACAUAUUGUUUAUUCGAAAUCCGUUAACCCGAUUAAUUAUAAUUACCUAUAUAAUUCCUAUAUCAUACUUAAACUCCCGGAGUGCUGCAGCGUAUACCAUUACACUAUAUUAUUAAUUAUUAUUAUUAUAUUAUAUUGGAACACAUCUCGUGACUCAUAAUAGUUUACAAUUUUUGGCUAUAAUUAAUAUACGAAUUAUUAUUUUUAUUUUUAACAACUUUACUUACGUGGCUAUAUAUACCUACCUAUUAUAUUCAUUAACAUUAUACAUAACACUAAAUAGUAAAUACAUAACAGGACUAUUGAUUAUAUCAAUCACGCGUAUAAUAUUGUUUCGUUUAAGUUUAACGUACUCCACAAUUCCAUAUAUAUAUUUUUUUAAUUUUAUAUAAGUUUUUAAUAAAUCAACGGUACAUUGUACAUUACAUGAAUAAUAUUAUAUUUAUAUUAUUAUUUGGAUACAAUAAAUAUAUUACAUA